CGGGCCUCAGAACCGGCCUCGGGCCGGGAGCAGCGGCAGCAGCAUCAUCAUCAUCAUCAUCAUGAGCAGCAUUGGGAGCGGCGAGAGCGGUAUGGGCGAGAGCGGCAGCAGCGGCCCCGCCGCCUCGGGUAACGCCGGGGAGCCCUGCGAGACCCGUCUCCCCCUCGCGGCCCUCCCGCCCCGGCCCCCCGCCGCCAUGUCGGUGGAUCCCAUGACCUACGAGGCGCAGUUCUUCGGGUUCACGCCGCAGACCUGCAUGCUGCGCAUCUACAUCGCCUUCCAGGACUACCUCUUCGAAAUGCUGCAGGUGGUGGAGGGCGUGAUGCUGAAGAAGUUCGAAGGCAAAAUCAGCCCUUCGCAGAUCCGGAAAUGCACCGAGAAAUUCCUGCUCUUCAUGAAGGAGCACUUCGAUAAGCUGUUCACCAAAAUGGAAGAAGUGCUGCUGCAGCUGGUGCUGAACAUCCCCAAGAACGUGCUGCUGCCCGAGGACAGGGUGCAGGAGCAGUACCGCUGCAGCGAGGAGGAGUUCCAGGCGCUGCAGGACGAGGUGCGGCAGCUGCAGGAGCAGUACAGGGCGGAGGUGGCCAUGGAGCAGGCGCUGCUAGCCGAGCUGGAGGAGCAGAAGAUUGUCAAGGCCGAGCUGGAGAAGACUUUGCAGUGCUUUGAUGAGCUUGAGAACAUCUGCCGGCAGUACGGGAUCGGCAACUUCAAGGAAAGCCUUGCCCUCCUGACACAGAGCUCUAAGAAAUUGCAGGAGGUGCUGAAAGACGUUGAGGAGAAGAGCAAAAAAUUGAAGCUGGAUGAUCAGUUAAUGUAAGGGAAAUUCGGAGAAGGUAGCAGAUGCCAUAGACACAGCUUGCUUAAAAUAACCGGGUCUGAUCUUCCCCUUAGUCUGCUCACCCUGCAAGGAUUUGGUCUAAAAGCUGUUGAACUGUGCCAGUUUGCACCUCCCUGAGGCAGGAAGGGGAGAAAGCCUGUAAAAUGUAACUCAGAUUGUUAACUUCCUAAGUUUUGGGCCGGCUAAGAGUUUGAAAACACUGAAUGUUAUCUUUGAACACAAUGUAAGACUUGUAGGAAUGUGUAGGUGGUUUCCAGCCUGAGGUCAGUGAGGCCCCGGGGACUUUGCCGGUGGCCAGGGAACUGCCUGGAUGUGAAAUGCAGGGAGAAGGAUGACACUGAUGCUGUCUACAAGGUUCUGAUGAGAUCUGUUGGCAUCAAACCAAAUUUCAGCUCAGUUUCUGGAAUCUGGGGGUUCCUCACCACUCUGCCUGUGCUUGUGUUUCUGUCAGCCCGGAACAGAAGCCACUGGAGGAAAUGAGUAAUUCCAUCACGUUGUCCUACUUCACCUUAUGUUGCUUUAUGUAUAUAUUUGUUUGGGGUUUUUUUGGUUGCCCAGUGUCCCUUUUCUACUAAACAAAGUUUCUUUUAUUAACAUUUAAUCAGAUUUUCAAGUGAAAAUGUUAUGAAUAUUGAUAAGCUGUUGUGUCUGAAUUAAACUUAUUCUCUCUGUGCUUAAUUCAAAAUCCCUGACACUUUCCACAUCAGUUUUUUAAUCUCCUGUUUAGUCCUAUCAUUAAAUAUCAAUAUUAAUUCUACUUUACUAGCAUAGAGGUUUAAAAGUCAUUAACCCGGUGAAUCACUUAGAGGUUAUUUCAAUAAAAAAGUGUAUUGAAAACAUGAAA